AUGAGGAACCACACAGUAGUGACAAACUUCAUUAUUGUAGGACUGACAGAGGACCCAAAUUGGGAAAUUGUAAUUUUCCUUUUUCUAUUUGUAACAUAUCUUUUGAGUACUACAGGAAAUCUUACCAUUAUCCUUCUGACCUUGCUGGAUCCCCACCUCAAAACACCCAUGUAUUUCUUUCUAAGAAAUUUUUCCUUCUUAGAAAUCACACUGACAACUGCCUGCAUCCCUAGAUACCUGGUCAGCAUAGUCACUAAGGAAAAGACUAUUUCCCGUGAUGCUUGUUUGGCACAGGCACUUUUUGCUGUUUUCAUAGGUAUAACACAGUUUUUCCUGUUGGCAGCUAUGUCCUAUGACCGCUAUGUGGCCAUCUGCAAACCCCUUCAUUAUGCCACCAUUAUGAGCAGCAGAGUGAGCCACCUGCUGGUUGCUGCCUGUUGGAUAGCUGCUGGGGUAGCAAUUACCCCUGGAGCUAUAGUGAGUCUGACCAUAGAAUUCUGUGAUGGCAAUGUAAUUGAACAUUUUAUUUGUGACUACUUUCCUAUCCUGAAACUCACCUGCACAGACACACACAACAUAGAAUUGUCAAAUUUUAUUUUAGCCAUUAUCACCCUCUUGAAUACACUGGCACUGGUAUUAUUCUCUUAUAUCAAAAUCAUAACAACAGUUCUGAAGAUCCCUUCUGCCCAGGAGAGAAAGAAGGCUUUUUCUACCUGUUCCUCCCACCUGAUUGUGGUCUCCAUCUCUUAUGGCAGUUGUAUUUUUAUGUAUAUCAAACCUUCUGCCGAGGAAAGGAUAUCUUUAAACAAGGGGGUAUCAGUGCUCACUGUUUCCAUUGCACCUGUACUAAAUCCUUUCAUUUAUUCCCUAAGAAAUAAGCAAGUGAUACAAGCCCUGAGGGAUCUAGCAAAAAGAUGUACCUUUACAACUUUGAAAUAA